AUGACGGGGGUUAGAGAUAUUACCAGCCACGCACUCCUUGAGAGCUUAAAUUUCAUUGGCCAAAAGCCCGAUCCAGAUACGGAAGCGGGACCCAAAACUCCAAGCCCACAGGGCACUCGAAGUCCAAGUACUUUUACUAACUCCGCUCCGAGCGCCGCUUCUACCAGCUCUGAGGAUCCAUCAAGGCCGGACAAUAUGUCUUCAAUCUCAUAUCAAACCGAUGGCAGUAGUGGAGGUGUCUCUUCGUCGGAUUCAAUCGACUUUAUGGUUGGUCCAUGGAUGACCUCCAUGGAAGCACCAUCGAUCACUCCUCAAUCUUGGCAAUCUUUACCAACCCCGAGAAAUGCCAAUGAGUUUGAUUGUUUCGAACCUCAUCACAUAGUGCCUCCUCUGUUUGGAAGCGAUUUCCCUGAACCCGGGCUGCCUGACGGGACCGGGAUGACUAACACAGCUUCCAUAGCUCCCCACUAUGAUAACACUACCUCUAUGAUAUUCAAUGAUUUCUCCCGCUAUCAUGAGCCAAUCGGAGAAAUAAGACCACCAGAGCAAGACCGGCCAGUCCAAGGAGAUUUUGGCUUCGAUCCUGCUUCGCCGCUAUCGAAUCAUAGCUUAGGCAAAAUAGGCGACGUAGGGAUGAUGACCAUUUGGCAUGGUUACGAAAAGCAAGCUGCACAUGGCACCCUCGAAAAUCCUCCUGCUGGCUUACAAUUCUCAGUCUGUACCACAACUCUACCUGAAACGCGUUCUGGGCAGGAAGACAAUCCAUCUACCCUGCCAACAAACUUUUCAUUUCACAACAAGGCAGUUUCGCCAAAGGAACUAGCUCUUGCAACCACGAGUGAGCAUCCGUCGAAUACCCUGCCACCAGCGCGAGAGAGUGGCCGUGCAUCGACAUGGACCGCAAACAAGCGAAGACGCAAUUCCAGCCGCGACUCCACCUCAGCCAAAGCGCAAUUGCUAAGGAGUCAGAAGCGCCUAAUCUCAUUGGAGUAG